GUGCUUUGAGGAAAACAUAAACAAAUCCAUUUCUAUAGAGUAGAAAACCAAAAAAGGCAAAAUAUUUCACCAAACAAAAAAAAUUUAAAUGUAUUUAAAAAAAACAACGAAAGUUAUGAUGUGCGAUUUUAAAAAUCCAUGUUGCUUUAAAUUAGAGGCUGAGGCUUUGCACACCAAUCGCCAACUAUUGAGUUUGAAUAUCCGCAGUAAAGAUAUUACGUGGGAAGAGUUGGUUAUACCCCUUAAAUCCCGUGCAAAUCCAGUAUUCUUGCAAAGGCAAUUUAAUUUAAUGAGUAAUUAUCGAGAACCCAUUGGCGACCACAAUCGAAGAAAGGUUUUAGUGUGUCAUGAUAUGAUGGGCAACUAUCUGGAGGACAGGCAUUAUCAUUCCUCUAAAAAAUACGACGAUUAUCGUUUUUAUCAUUGGCCAGGCAUUGAUUAUUUCUGCUAUUUUAGCCACAAUUAUAUUACAAUACCACCAUGCGGUUGGAUUAACGCUGCCCACAAACAUGGCGUUAUUGUUUUAGGUACUUUUAUUGCUGAGGGCCCAAAAGGUUCGAAGCUGUUGCAUGAAGUCCUAGAAUCAACUGAGAUGGUCGAUAAUGUUGUCGAUUCUCUGGUUCGCUUAUGCAAGCACUAUCAAUUCGAUGGUUGGCUAGUGAAUAUCGAAUGUAAAGUGAUUCCACAGUUUAUGGAGAAUUUACUAUACUUUGUGGAUAGACUACGUGAGAUGAUUGAACAAGAAAUUGAUUCGGGGACAGUGUUCUGGUAUGACAGUAUUAUCGAAGGUGGCCAAUUGUUGUGGCAGAAUGAGAUCAAUGACAAGAAUGUGCGUUUCUUUAAGUCGGCCAAUGGCACUCUCGUCAACUAUUCGUGGAACGACAGAAGUUUCCAGGUGACACGUACGGUGUGUGAACAAGAACGUGUGCCCUUACGAAAAGUUUUCUUUGGCAUUGACAUCUUUGGUCGCGGGCAGACUGCCAAAUUUCAAAGUAAACAAACAUUGGCACGCAUUGUCAAGCAACGUUUCUCCGUUGGAAUUUUUGCUCCGGCCUGGACAUACGAAACUCUGCAGCAGUAUGGCUACAAUUUAAAAAAGCCGUUUGGUGAUGAACAAACCAACGAGGCAUUUCUAAUGAGAAACGAAAAGUUUUGGUGGUUAUUAUGGGAACAUUUGGCCACCCAUCCCUACAUAACAAUGCCAUUCUAUACGGACUUUUGUUUGGGUUCGGGAAAGAAAACCUACCUACAUGGUUUGCAAAAAAUGACAACAACUGGAACGCAAACAAUUGUAACUGACUCAGAGAUAAUUGCAGAAGGAACUAAAGAGUUUAAAGCGAAUAGAACUAAAUCUGCUGCUGGCAAUACGGAAACAGAAAUUCUUGAUGGCAGAUUUUUCAAUUUGUCACGUCAAUCACUGCAGCCAUCCGUACCAUUGCAUGAUGUAGCAACACGUUAUUAUGAUGACGCCUUCAAUGGUGGCUCUUGUUUGCGUAUUCUACAAUACGACUCCAGUUUUCGUAUAAUUGCUUCUGAUUUUCAAAUCAUGCGUGGUGGCUUGGUGUUUGCCUAUGCUUAUAAAUUAAAACCCACUGACGGUGAAUUUGAUUGCAUCUUGCGUUUUUGCACUGUCAACAAUGCAAGAGAUUGUUAUCUGUUCCUAGGAGAUUACUAUGAUACGUUCAGUUUGCAACGUGGUCGCUGUUAUGUUUCACCAUUCAAACCCAAAUACAAUGCGCUGUUGACUGGCCCCUUAAAUUGUCCCCAGAUACCAAUAGAUAUGGCAUUCCCAAAUCCAGAUGCCAAUGGCUGGCAUGUGCGCUACUAUGUGGUUGAAUUUGAUAACAUCAUACAGGUGAAAGACAUUGGUGUGUUGUAUCGCAAAUCGGCCGAAGCUAAGGAUACCGCCUAUUUGGGGGCUAUUUAUAUCAACGAAUAUGAUGUAAAUCAACAUGAAUUUACUACCGAUAGCAACAUUGCAUUGAUUCAAACAUAUGGUGGGGAUCUUUUGAAUUAGCCCGAGGACAGUUACUAAGGCGUAAAGCAUUGGUAACGUUCAACAUUUUCAGGUUUAUGUAAACAAAUUUUUUAGUACAGUUUAGAGGGCAGUAUGUAUUUAAGUAAAAAACAGUAUUCAAAUUAUUAAAACAAAAAAACAAAAAAACCAAAAUUACCUAAAUUUAGUACAAUUUCAUAUUUGUAUACAAUUUUUCAAAUUCAACAGACUUGGUGUUAGCCAAAAUAUAUGUUAGAUGUUUAGUAUUAAAGAAUGACAAAUUAUUAUAACAUUCCACACAAACCCACAUUUAAUUCAACUUCUCACAAACAUAUAUAUAUCUGUCUGUCUGCAUGUAAACAAAAUAUAAAAAAAUUUAGAAAAUAUUGAAAAAAAAAUUUAAAAAAAAUGUAGAAAAUUUGAAGUUAUUCACAUAACCGUUAUUUACUUUUGUGAAUAUGCGAAAUUUUGCACAAUUAUAAACAACAAUUAACAUACAUGAUAUGCUUGAUUGUUGUAGAGUUAUGCGAAAGUUUCCAAUUUCUCUAAGUUAGAAAAUGGUCAAGUGAAUAUCUUCAUACAAAAAAAAAUUAUAUGUAUAAGAAAAACAAAAACACUUUUUUUAUAUAUUUAACGUAAUAUUUAUUAAAAAAAAAAAAAAAAAUAGUUUUAAGUAAAAAACUUUUUAAACUUUUGCACUAAAACUUUAAUUCAAAUUUUAAAUCAUACAUACAUACAAACAAAUGCCCAAACCUACUGUACUACUAAAAUCGAAAAACUAAUUAUUCUCUAUACAAAUUAACACCUAGUUAUAUCUAUUUUUCAGUCAUCUCCUAUACAAAAUUUAAAUAAUCUUUACUCUCCACCAGCACGAGUUUAAAACACUUUUUUAGUAUUAUCUGAAAGGUCUUUAGAAAGCUCAGCUAAAUUCCGAAAUUUUAGAAUUUCGAAAAUCAAUACAUUUACUGCAAAUCAGCAAUAGACCAUACUUUUAGUAUUAUCUAAAAGUUCUUUUUAAAAAAAAAACUAAUCUAAUGUUCAAAUUUUUCGAUUGUAUCUUACAAAUUUUAAAACUCAAUUUUAUAGUUAUAUAAGUAAACUGUUGUGUGAAAUUUAAAAACAUAUUAAUACGUAGUUAUACGACAAACAUAUCUCAUCUGAAAUUCUAUUCUCCAUCCGAAUGAAUUUAUAUUCAUUAAAAUCUGCUUCUCAUACAUCAUACAUCACCACACUUUUAGAUUUAUCUAAAAGUUCAUAAAAAACCUCAUACAUAAUACUUAGCUAUACGAUAUACAUAUCUUAUAUGAAAUUCUAUUUUCAAUUGUCCUAAUUAAAAUCUUUUUGUAGUAUUUUUAUUAAAUGCACGUUGCAUAGGCGAUUAGCGUAGCACAAUCUAAUAAGACUUUACAAAGCGUCGCUAAUGGCGCUUAACAAAGGUUUCAUGCACUUGCACUUGCACUUAAAUACUAUGCAAAUGAAUUUACAUUCAUUAAAAUCUGCUUUUUCUAGUAUUUUUAUUGCAAAAUUGCUUUACAAUUUUGCAGAUGUUCACCAAAAAAUAUUCACCCCUAUCGGCAAAACAUGUGAAAUUUAUGUUGCCAUGAAAUAUCCAUUUCUCUCGAACGGAAUAUUGAUAUCGUGAAAUUCCCCUGAUCUUUUCAUUCGCAGUAGUUGAUUUUGUUCGUAACAGAUGUUUAUUGUUUACAAAAUUCCAUCUUAAAAUUUCCCAUGUUGGGGAAUUUUUUCACGUGAACAAAGUUGAUGAACGAAAAAUGGGAAAAGGGAUUCGCGAUAGGGGUGAUUAAUAUACAAAAUUUUUAUUAUCCAAAAUUACUUUACAACAAUUUUAGUAUCAGAAAUUACUUUACAAAAUUACACAUUUACACCAAAACAUCAAUAAACUUUACAAUUUUACACAUUUACACCAAAACAUUAAUAUACAACAUUUAUAGUGCAGCAAAACAUUAAUAAACUUUACAAUUUUACACAUUUACACCAAAACAUUAAUAAACUUUACAAUUUUACAGAUUUACACAAAAACAUUAAUAUACAACAUUUUAAGUUACAGAAAUUACUUUACAAUUUUACACAUUUACACCAAAACAUUAAUAACUUUACAAUUUUACAGAUUUACACACAAACAUUAAUAUACAACAUUUUAAGUUACAGAAAUUACUUUACAAUUUUACACAUUUACACCAAAAC